UUAUGAGUGUGAUCUUUUGACCAAAAAAUCGUCCAGCUCAUCCAACCUUUCACCCUUAUACACAUUAUCCCCUUUCACUUCAAAUCCAUCUUCGGAGAGCAGAACAUUUCCAACAUGGGGAUAAUUUCAGGAGCAACAAUCAUUACCUCUCUAUCUCUUUUCCACAUCACCCUCGCAUUCUUUUUCAUAACAAAUCCUAUUGCGAUUGCUGAGCAGUCGCUGGUUUUCAUUAUGGGUGAAUCCAUGGGAAUGGUAAGAUUCACUUCCACUUCCGAAGUUCCGAUGAAUUGAUGAUCGCGACAAAGCUCCGCGAUCAAAAUGUACAAGAAAUAUUUACUAACAUCCAACAUGACAGCCCUACGAACGCUCGUUCGACCACCGGUCCGCACCCAUAUCAUUUCUCGGGAUAGUAUUUCUCUUCCUUGGUAUCACCGACCUAGUUUCCGUAUCCAUGCCUGAAGAUAUCACUCAAUAUCACUGGGGAACUCAAGGUUCGUCUCGUUAUUCUUCUUCUUUCUUCCACGCCCAAAAAUCAUAUCUAACAUGCCCUUCCGCAGCACCUAUCCGAUUUUCCAUCUCCGCCGGCCUAGCCUUGUAUUCCUGGCUAUUCUCCUCCGCCUCCCCUAUGCUCACCUCCCGUAGCUCUUAUCGCAGUGGUGGCUGGGGCGAGGGUCUCAAGAACCCCAUCAUUUUCACAUGGGCUUUUAUUGAAAUGAUGGCUUGGUUCUGGGUUUUCGUUACUUUGAGGGAGGAGCGACAGCAAAUUGCGAUUAAGAAGGCUGAGAAAAAGGCUGCUGAGGAGGAUAGGUUGUGAUGGUAUUUGAUGCGCUUUUUUUAACAUAAAUCUGUGCUUAUGUGCAGGUGGAUUGAACAUAAUUUAACGUGAUAUGA